AGUCCCUCGCAACAAAGAGAAGAGAACCAUGCAGAUGCAGGCCUUACACUUGAACUCCAGCUUUUGCACGGAAAACCAGGCAUUGCGCCGGUCACGUGGCUGCAGCCCGACUCUCCACCGCCUCCAAUCACCCACCACCGUCAGGUUCGCUAUGGCAGCACCACCACCUGCAUUGAAGCACCAGAAGAUCACCCACUCGAUGCCGCCGGAAAAGAUAGAAGUGUUCAAGUCUCUGGAGAACUGGGCGUCUCAGAGCGUGCUGCCACUUCUGAAACCCGUGGAGCAAUGCUGGCAGCCCCAGAACCUGGUGCCCGACCCCACAUUGCCGUUCGAGGAAUUUUGCGAUCAGGUGAGGGAGCUUCGGAAGCGGACGGCUGAGCUUCCGGACGAGUAUUUCGUGGUGCUGGUGGGGGAUAUGAUAACGGAGGACGCACUGCCCACGUACCAGACCAUGAUCAACACGCUGGAUGGGGUCAGGGACGAGACCGGGGCCAGCCUCAGUCCAUGGGCCGUAUGGACUAGGGCUUGGACUGCCGAGGAGAAUAGGCAUGGGGAUCUGCUUAGGACCUACUUGUAUCUCUCGGGUCGGGUCGACAUGCUCAUGAUUGAGAGGACCGUCCAAUAUCUUAUUGGAGCUGGAAUGGAUCCGGGAACAGAAAACAACCCGUACUUGGGCUUCGUGUACACGUCGUUUCAAGAGCGAGCCACGUUCGUGUCGCAUGGGAACACGGCCAGGCUAGCGAAGGACGGGGGCGAUCCGUUGCUGGCGCGCAUAUGCGGCACCAUCGCAGCCGACGAGAAGCGCCACGAGAAUGCUUAUGCCAAGAUCGUCGAGAAGCUCCUCGAGGUGGAUCCGACGGGGGCAGUGCUCGCUGUCGCCGACAUGAUGCGCAAGAAGAUCACCAUGCCGGCCCACCUGAUGUUUGACGGCCGUGACCCGCGCCUCUUCGAGCACUUCUCGGCUGUCGCCCAGCGGCUGGGCGUGUACACGGCUAACGACUACGCCGAUAUUCUGGAGUUCUUGGUCGGAAGGUGGGGGUUGGAGAAGCUGGAGGGUUUGACGGGCGAGGGAAGACGUGCGCAGGACUUCGUCUGCGGGUUGGCGCCGAGGAUUAGGAGGUUGCAGGAGCGAGCGGACGAGUUGGCGAAGAAGAUGGAGCCCCGCGGCGUUCAGUUUAGCUGGAUUUUCAAUAGGGAGGUCAAAUUGUAAAUAAAAUCGAGUGGAGGGCUUGUGCACGUGUCAAUUUAUGAGCUUCCCAAACUUCUUUUCUUUCUGUUUUUUCUCUUUUCUGAAAUCUUGGAAUUAAAGACUUUUUAGCCAAA